AAGUACAAGUUGCUGUUAUUAUAUUCUAAUAAAGUAUUUGAAAUUGAAAUUACGAAACAAAAUUUUACGCAACUUAUUUUUUGUUGUUUAUAAAGAUUAAAAUUAGAAGAAAUAAAUCUGUGAUAAAAUUGUGUGUUUACAUUACACUGUAGUUAUUUGGGUAUUGUUAUGAUAUUGAGUUUUCCGAGUACCUGAAUAUAUUAGUUUACUUUCGAGCUUUCGACACUUGAAUUGCACAUUCGUAGAGUAUUAAAUUCUAAAAAAUGAGUUUAAGUAGUUUGAGAUGUUUAUCAAAGUGCAAUUUGGUGAAAGUCCCUGCAUCAAGUGCAUUAGUUUCGAAAGUUUCGGAACCUUGUAAUAGAGAAGUCAGCACAAGUAGUUCGCAUCGAGCCAGUAUUGCAACACAUACUCCGAAGCCAGAUUGGAACAGAGCCGUGAGUGAGGCCGAGAAAAUUGUUGGGUACCCGACGUCGUUUCUGAGUUUACGAUGGAUUCUCAGUGACGAGAUUGCAAACGUCGCUCUUCAUUUGAGAAAACUCGUUGGGAGCAAUCAUCCUUUGCUGAAAACGGCUAAAAACUUGAUCUACAAUGGGAAGAACAACAUGCAGGCGUGGGGACUCAUCGUGUUGUUGGUGUCGAAGGCCGCCGGCCACAGUCCUGAGAUACCGGACAUGGAACAAGACAAGGCCGCGGGGGUGUUGCAUAGUCAGCGGGCGUUGGCCGAGGUCACGGAGAUGAUCCGCACCUCGCACCUGGUGCACAAAGGGCUUGUGAACAUGAACGUUGCCCGGCAAUUUGCCCGCGACCCGGACGACAUGAUGUUCGGCAACAAGAUCGCUCUUCUCGGCGGCGACUAUUUGCUCGCGAACUGUUGCUCUGAGCUCGCUAACUUGAGGAAUCAAGAGCUGGUGGAGCUCAUGUCUUCAGCAGUCAGAGAUUUAGCCGAGGCCGAGUUUUUGGGAGAUCGGGAUGAACAGAACAACCCUCUCCCAUCACGUCCCCUAUCGGAGGAGCAGAGUGAUGCAGUUACAGAAUGGGAUUGCAUCGUAGAGCCGCUGCCGAUGACUGGAGUGUUGGGUAGUUUACCGCGCGAGUGGGCGGCGCGACACGUGCUUGCGGCCGGCUCUUUGCUGGGCAAAAGCUGCUCGGCGACUCUGAAGCUGGCAGGACACGGACCAGACUUACAAACACAGGGCUACCUGUUCGGGUGCCACCUGGCGCUGGCGUGGCAGGCGUUCCUGGACCUGGAGUCGUUCACAGGUCCCGAGCCGCGCUCGUUCUCUCUGGUGGGCGCGCCGCUCGCCUUCACGCUGCAGGCGCGUCCCGAACUCUACGCGCACAUCGAGGCCGGGCGCAGGAGCGUCCACGACAUCGAUUACCACGCUCUGUACGAAGCAGUGAUGGCAGGAGAUGGAAUCGCGAAGACUGUGGAACUGCAGCGCGGACAAGCUCGACGGGCGCGCGCCGCGCUCGGGAACUUCCAACUCGGAGACGCGCGCUCCGCACUCGCCAACAUACUCUCCGCGCUGCAUCACGCCGUCGACUAAGUAUAUACCAUUACCAAUCUAACUAUAAACUUAAUGGAUACUUCAUAUAGCUCUUCAAUUUAUACUACCAACUAUGACACUACACCUUUUGAUAUAUCGGAACUUGGGAAAAGAAGAAUCUAGGCGCUGUAGCCAGUAUCAUUUGGUUAAUAGUACCUACAGCUGACCUCGUCUCAUAUGCCAUCUCCAAUCUAGCUGUACCAACUCACUGGAUACCUCAUCUUUCUCUUCGUUUCAUACCACCAACUAUUCAACAUACCUCCACCCUGGCUAUAUGCAGUGCAAUCUCAAUAUAAUUCGUUGAACUGAAGUUUAUUAUAUCGAGGUUACGUUGGUCUAAAAUUUGUUAUAAAGAUUUUAAAACGUUUCUGAGCCAUUUCAACUUGAAUCUUUAACAAUAGUGACGAGAACUGUUUACAUUCCUUUCCAUCAAACAACAAUGAUUGUUUUACGAACAAAAGCGCGUCGAAAUUUGUCGCGACAUGAAUAACAUAAUAUGAGAUUAAGAGUCAUACGUUAGAGGUAUUUAUACUUUUCUUGAUAGUUAAAAAUUCGUUAUAAAAAGGUUGUUCGC